CUUGAGAGGGGUCUCAAAGAGCAGCCAAAAACCAGAGCAGAGUCUGCUGCCAAGGAUCUGACCAAGCACCUUCCCGCUGUCCCAGGAUUCAUGGACGAGACUGAGAUAGAAAUGGAGGUGUUUCUCAGAGUGCCUAAGAGGGAGUUGGUGGAGUUAAAGUCCCCUAUGAGCCUGGUAUGUCGCCUGAGGUGUACUUAGUCACUUCCUGAUCGGCACUCUAACAUUCCAACACGGUGACACUUGAACAGACAAACCACUUUAUCUGCAGCAAACUCCAAGCAAAGCUAAUCGUCUGAAAUGGAAGAGACAAACUCCACAGAGGACAAGACUGGUUGUCAAAGACGUGGUCUGUCUCCCCAGAGGACUCUACCUGGAACAGCUGGAGAGACCCGUUGUUCCAUGUGGCAAAGAACGAGCAUCGCUAGUGGCCUCAGGAAUGACCGCUCGCAUCACUAUCGACUGUGGCUGGUCGGCCAAUCAGAUGGAGAGUCGGCUGCUGUUGCUCUUCCGAGGGCGGAUUGUAAGACAGACGGGACAAAAGUUCUCCUUCACAUAUUUACAGUGUGUGCAGGGCUCCAGGGUGCUGUUUGUCCCGGACACCCCUGCAGAAGGCUGGACAGUAGAAGAGGUGCUGAAGUUGGCAGGACAUGGUGCUCUGUACAUGCUCAGCCACCAGGAAUACCCACAGAGAGUACAGGACUCUGUAGCCAAUGAGACUUCUGUGUUGAACAAGACAGGUGACUUUAGCCCAGAGGAGAGAGAAAUGACGUGCCUGGAUAAAGAAAGUCAGCUGUCAGAGCAGACCCAGCCACAUGUUUGUGGCCCCUCAGAGGAGGUUGACCUGAAAACCAUCCUGACGCUGUUCCGUCAGGACAAUGUGGAUCAAAAUGUAGAAACUCACAUCGAGGUGAGGAGGGGAGACCUCCUCCACUGUGCUCUGAGGGAAGUGAGAAGACCUGGCUUUUCCUUCAGGACGACACCAACCAUCUCCUUCGUUGGGGAGGAGACUCACAGUCAUGAGGGAGCCCUCGGGGAGUUCUUCAGACUGACCUUGCUGGAGUUGCAGCAAACGUCUUUGUUUGAAGGCCUCCCUGGGCGUCUGUUCUUCACCUAUGAUCUCUCAGCUCUAGAAGACAGGAAGUACUAUGACGCAGGUGUUCUGGUCGGCUGGUCUCUGACUCAGGGCGGACCUGGACCUGAUUGUCUACACCCUUCUCUUUACCAGCUGAUGUGUGGCCAGAAUCCAUCUUUAGAAGACUUCAGCUGGAAGGACAUUGUUGACGUUGAAGCACAAAACAGACUGCAGCAGCUGCAGAGUUGCAGAGAUGUCAACGUGCUGAUUCCCAGUCUUUGCGACUGGUUGUCCAGCUGUGGGAUCCCUGAAAUCCAGUCAGCCCAUACUGAUGAAGUAACAGAUAUCUAUAGUCGUGUAGUGAAACAUUACAUCUACCACAGGGUGUCCAGUAUGAUCUCCCAGUUCACUGAGGGGCUGAACAGCUGUAGUGGAUUGUGGGAUAUGAUACAGUCCCGCUGGGAGGUGUUUAAACCAGUAAUGACAGGAGCUCAUCAGCAUCCUCUGACCCUGGAAGAGUUCAAACAGCUUUUCACCGUCUGCUACAGUCCUCCAGACAGCCCACUGAGGGCGGCUGAGGAGGCAGCAGCUGCUCACUGGGAAACAGCCCUCGCCUUGAUCAGCGAUAGACAGGCAGAUUUUUCCCUUGAAGAACUCCUCUUCUUCAUCACUGGAGCUGAACAUCAGCCUCCUCUUGGGUCACCCAAAUUGAUCUCCUUGCGCUUUUACCCUGAGGAGGGGAGCAUGUCAGGUGUGCACCGGCCCCACACCUCCACCUGUGCUCUGGAGCUCUUGCUGCCAACAGGAGUGGCCGGGGCUGCAGAUGUUUUGCUGCUACUGGGUAGAGCCAUGCUCAAGGCCCUGGGCUUUACGUGUGUCCAGGAAGAGGAAGAGGGAGAAGGAGAGAACAGCAGUACAGAUGUGAUGACAGAUUUAUGAAGUGGGAGCUCCACAUCCUCCUUCAGCUCUGGUCAAAGGUUUCUGCAGGAAAGAAACAUUGAGACUGAGAAGAAAGUUCUGAGUUUGCUGCAUUCCUCAUUAUAACUCAGGUGACCCAAUGAGGUAGUUUAGACCAGUGUUUUCUGUGCUCAAAACUUUAAUCAUUCAGAACUCUUCAAUUUAGGACAGUCAUAAAUGUUUGGUUUUGAAAUUUGAAUAUUCCAAAGUGCAAUGGAUUGACUCAGGUGUUCAAAAUAUCGUAUAAGAUCAAACUAUUUAACAUUGUGCCUCUGCUCAUUUCAAUCAUCUAAUACAGAAAAUAAUGUUUUGCACAAUUAUCAGAGCUAUGUAUGCCUUGUAUUGUCCUGUUUGUAUCUUAACAUAAUUUAAUAAGGCAGAUUAUACAGUUCAUGUUUAAAUAAUUGUAUUUGCUUUAAAAAAAAAAAAUGAAACGUUGAAUAAAAUGUAUUCCGACUCUA